AUGUCUCGCUCAAUCAGUGUACUAGCCGUUUCCCUCGCUCUUUUAAUCGGAAACAUCUAUGGACAGGUGGCGAUCACUUUCAUGUACGGCCAAACAAACGGACUAACAGGCAAGGGCUUCGGAACCAUGGAUGGAGCCCCACGAGACAUCACUACGCCCCCUGCUCUUCUCGAUACAUCAAUCAUCAAAGAUUCAGAAAUCCAGAGCGGAACUGCCUCUCCCUGUGGACGUACAAUCAUGUCUGGAAAACUGGAAAUGAAAAAUUCUCUCAACCGAGCUGAAGAUGGAGGCUUGCCAGAUGUUGGACAAAACGGCAAGAUCAAACUGGUAGCACACGUGGUCAACCCCAAGGGAAGCGGCCCCUUCAUUUGCGGAGUCGAUACAAACGCGAAUGGAAACAACUUUGCGACGAUUCCCGUGACGGUGAAUGUGCCUGCCAAUGCCGCCGCCAACGGCAAGCCCCUAGACUACUCGCUGGAAGCACAACUUCCCCAGGGCACCAAAUGUCAAGGAGGUGCCGACGGCCAGACCUGUAUUGUUAGGUGUACAAACGCUAAUGCCGGCGGUCCCUUCGGCGGCUGCAUGGCCUUCACUCAAAUGCAAGGGCUAUACAACGAUCCUGCUCCGGCCGGUAGUGGACCCACUGCUAGCUUCCAGCUCGACAGGAUCACCGAGAACCCGGUUACACGUGAACCAAACCUUUUCGAUGAUGCCAAGUCCAAAUUGUCACCCAAAGACCUUCAAGCCCUCACCCCUCCAACCGGCAAAGCCAAAAGACGUUCGCUUCUCCAGUACCGAAAAUAA